CCUGCAACGCCUUUUCUCUAAGAUUUACGGGCUAGAGAUAGGGAGUUGGUGUUGGGUCUAGCCUCGGGAAACUUCCAUUCUUUGCGCAACGCAUGACGGCAAUGCAUGUGUAGAAAGGGAGUGUAUUGAUUUGAGCCAUCUUGACCGCCACCAACAAUGCGACGAUACCACCUUCCAGAGAACCCUUAGACUGUACGCACGUAUGUUCAACAAGGUGCUAAUAUCCCGUCGUCUGCUCGACGAUAAGAACAGUGGACUGGGGCAACCUCACAGAGAACAGUUCUCCUUGCCUCCCCUCGUCUUCAGCCCAUCAUGAAGCUCCUCGACCUCCUCUUUGUUGCUUCCACCCUUGGCGGUGUCUCCUCUGCGCUUCCUGCGCCUGAGGCGAAGGGACUCGAACCUAUCACCGGAACCAUUAUCGCCACUGGUGUCACUGAGAAGGGCGAGCCCUACACCAUCACCUCCGACAUCAUUCCCCAUGUGGAGGGGGGCAACUUCCCAGUCAACCCUGGAAAUGCCACCUCUGCCCUCGUAAAACGCAUAGACUUCGGUACCUGCGACGCUUGGCACGAUAACAAAUAUUGCUACUGCCUCGGCGCCGUCUCCUCCCGCGGCGAUUCCUACUGGGGCAGCCAGGACUUCUGCAACGCCAACAAGUUCAAGAACUUCCGCGGCGAUCUCUACAGCGUCAAGUGGCUCCCGACCGUGAAGAUCGAGUACUGGGUUACCAACAGGUGCGACCACGAUCGUUAUGUCGGAGACAACUGCGGCGAGAUCUUCCUUAACCUCAUCGACUGGUGCGAAUGGCCGUUUCAGACUGCCAAGGGAGGACACCAGCAAUUCGACGAUUGCCUUACCUUCAGGUUCGACGUGACUGGCCGGUAAGAGUGGAGUCGGGGGAGGCAGAGGCGGUUCUAUCCUUCCUGGCCUCAUCGAUUGCGUGCGGAUUUUCGAUGAUGGUCUUCAGUUCAGGUUGGACGUGAAUGGCCGUUAGGAUGGAGGCGGGG